AUGAAUGGGUUAGUAGGUGAGAUGCCCAUAGAUGGAUUUAGGAAUCUCACUCAACUGGUCCAUCUUUACAUGAUGCAAAACAACUUCAAUGGCUCCAUUCCUCCUCAACUUUUUGAACUCGAAUCUCUUCGAGUUCUUGAUCUAAGUUUCAAUAAUCUCCAAGGUGUUCUAAGUCCUAAAGUUGGUAAUCUUCGAAAUCUUAUAUCGUUGAAUUUGAGUGCGAAUUCUCUUACUGGGAACAUCCCGGAAGAGAUUGGAAAUCUAACCAAGUUAAGAGAAUUUUCCCUUAGAAAUAAUCAACUCUCCGGUGGAAUCCCUCCUUCAAUUGCAAACAUGAAGGAGUUGGAAACACUUUAUUUCUCUGAAAAUUCAUUCUCCCUGCACAUUCCAACCGGCUUAGGAAGGCUACAUAACAUGAAUACACUUGACCUGGGCGAUAACCGGUUUGUGGGUUCGAUACCAUCAUCGAUACAAAACUUGAGCAAGUUAGAAACCCUUCUACUCCAAAACAACAACCUGCGCGGAGAAAUCCCAACUCGCUUAUUCGAAAUCAAAACUUUAAAGAGUUUGUUCAUCGGUGGAAAAGGAAACAACUUGAUUUGGAGUAACACAACAAGGAUUGUUCCAAGAUGUAGGUUAGUACAAAUGUCUAUGCCUUCUUGUGGAAUUUCUGGUGAAAUUCCUAUAUGGAUUUCAUCACAGAUAGAUUUGGAAUUUCUUGACUUGAGCCGGAAUCAGCUGGAGGGAAGAUUCCCAGAUUGGCUUGCCAAUAUGGAAAUUGAAAGCAUAGUUCUUUCCGAUAACAAGCUCACCGGAUCAAUCCCAUCUCAAGUAUUUAAAUCAAUAAGUUUAAUGGUUCUUGAUGUGUCUCAGAACGGUUUUUCUGGAGAGUUGCCACAGAACAUAGGCAAUGCGAAUGGGACGGAGAUUCUUAUGUUGUCGGGAAAUAAUUUUUUGGGACAAAUUCCAAUGUCCAUCUCCAACAUGCGCUCGCUAUGGCUUCUGGACUUGUCCAGAAAUAGAUUUUCCGGCGACAAUUUCCCUAAUCUCAGAGAUAAUCUAGUGUUAUCUUACCUCGACUUGUCGUACAACGAGUUCUCCGGUAAUAUUCCAGUGGCUUUUCCCACAAAACUUCAAAAUCUAUUUCUAGGUAGGAACAAGUUUUCUGGUAACCUGCCCUGGAAUUUGACUAAGUUAGUUAACCUCGAACAUCUCGAUCUUCAUAACAACGAUAUUACGGGAAAUUUUCAGGAUACUUUGCCUCAAAUCCCAACUCUUCAAGUCCUAAACUUAAGAAACAAUUCCCUUGAAGGAUUUAUCCCAAGAACAAUCUCCAACCUCACUUCUCUUCGGAUUCUUGAUCUCUCUAGGAACAACCUAACAGGAAGUAUUCCGCAGGAAAUAGGUAACCUUGCAAGAAUGAUAGAAGCUCCGCACAUGUCAACAUCCGGUUACGUGUUCACUAUUUACAUGUCCAUUUAUGAGGAUUCCAAGAUCGUCUUUGACAUUCAGGACUUGAUAGUGAACUGGAAGAGCUCUUUUCGAGGCCUAUCAAGUCGUACCCUCGGUAUAUACUCUUUCUUGGACUUGUCAGACAACAAAUUCUCAGGUGAAGUUCCGCCACCGUUAGGCAAUCUCAAAGGCCUAAAAGCGCUCAACAUUUCACACAACAACAUAUCCGGGCACAUUCCAGUGUCUUUCGGUAACCUUAAGGGUGUAGAGAGUUUGGAUUUGUCACACAACAAAAUCUCAGGUUUGAUUCCUCAAUCACUAGCAAAACUGGAUGAACUGACAGUACUAGAUGUGAGCAACAACAAGUUGAGAGGUAAGAUACCUUUGGGUGGGCAAAUGAACACGAUGAAUGAGUUGAAGUAUUUUGCCAACAACAGCGGAUUAUGUGGUAUGCAAAUUAGGAUCACAUGUCCAGAGGAUGUCCCACCACGCGAAGGAAGAGAAGAGGAUGACGAACAACAGUUAUGGAUUUUGUGGGAGGGAACUUGGGUCGGUUUUCCACUGGGGUUCUUCUCUUCAAUCUUGAUCAUGGCCUAUUGUUUGAAUUUUCUGCAACUCUUCAGAUUUUGGUGAAAAUUUCAAUGUUUUCUCAUACUAUCUUGUAAUCCAUCAUAGGAUCUAUGAUUUGUUGAAUGGCCAUUCUU